AUGAAUGUUACAAUUCUUUUAUUGGUUUUAUCAUCCGUCAGUAUUUUAUUUGCUUCCAAUCCAGAGAAUUUGAAACGUAGGAAAGCUUCCCUCGUGAAGAAACACCUCAAAAGACUGAAGAAAGUCGAAGGUGGUGUUAAACUAGUCGGAGGAAGGGAUGAAUUCGAAGGUAACGUCGAAAUCUUGCAUAACAACAAAUGGGGGGCAAUAUGCGACGACGAGUGGGACUCUUCUGAAGCAAAUAUUAUUUGCCAACAAUUGGGUUAUCCCAAAGGUUCCGGGAAAGCCACAGUUAGUUCUUUUUUCGGGCCCGCGAAACGCAACUUUUGGAUGGAUAAUGUUUUUUGUACCGGUAACGAAAGUGAAAUAAUCGAUUGUCGUUUCGACGGUUGGGGUAACAAUGAUUGUACUUCGACCGAAGCAGCCGGAGUUAUCUGUCACGAAGAAAACCCCAAAGAGGAAAUCAAGACGAAAGAGAAGGUGGAGACGCUACUGACCCGUCACGAGAUCCGAUUAAAGGGGGGAAGGAUCGAAAAUGAAGGUCGAGUCGAGAUAAAGAAUGAAAAUGGACAAUGGACGAGCAUUUGCGGCGACGGAUGGUCCCUCCUCGAGGGCAUAGUCGUCUGCAAACACCUCGGAUUAGGAUACGCCAGUGAUGCACCCCAAACCGACUUCUUCGGCGGAAACAUCACCGAAAGCAGUUAUUCGGGAGUGAAAUGUCGCGGAAACGAGACUUCUCUCGCCCACUGUGUUCAUGACCCGUCCUCGAGGGGAAAAUGCCAAAGUGGAGACGUUGCAGCCGUCUCGUGUGUCUCUGUAAUGUCCGAUUUGGUCAUCGAUCACAUCGAUUUGAUGCGAACAGCCCACUUGGAGGACCGACAACUGUUCUUCCUCCAGUGUGCCAUGGAGGAGAACUGUCUCGCCUCCACAGCCUACCAAAUCCAGAAGGAAGUCAACUCCUGGCAUCUGGAAACGCGACGACUUCUCAGAUUCACGGCGAGGAUUUUCAACGCCGGAACGGCCGACUUCAGACCUGCCAUACCAAAACACUUGUGGGAAUGGCACAUGUGCCACAUGCACUACCACAGCAUGGAGGUAUUCGCGACGUUUGAUAUUUACGACGCGAAGGGCCUUAGAGUGGCCGAAGGUCAUAAAGCGUCUUUUUGUCUCGAAGAUAAUCAAUGUUUGGCUGGAGUCAAGCCGAGAUAUGCUUGUGCGAAUUACGGUGAUCAGGGGAUUUCGGUCAAUUGUAGCGAUAUUUACAAGUACACUGUGGAUUGUCAAUGGGUCGAUAUAUCGGAACUCGAACCGGGGAUUUACACGCUCAAAGUCGCCAUCAAUCCCGAAUUUAAAGUGCCUGAAAUUACGUACGAAAACAACGCGGCCGUUUGUCAAUUUAUCUAUUCGGAAACGUUCGGAACUGUCACGAAUUGCACCGUUCAAAGGCCCUGAUAAUCACAUUCAAAAUGUAUUUUCUUCAAAAUAAAGUUCCAAGUUGAUAAA